AUGGUAUCUGCACAUACGAUGAACAAUAACAAUGAAUAUGUUUUAUUGCCUACAGCUCUAUUAUGGUUACCACAACAAAAAAUUGAUAAGGAGCGAUUACAAAUUCCUGAAAAAUUACAACUCGCUGAUCCUGAUUUUCAUAAACCCAACAGCGUAGAUAUUUUGCUAGGUGCUUCAGUUUUCUUUGAACUACUGUCAAUAGGACAAAUCAAAUUGAAUGGUAAUGAAGGACCCAUACUCCAAAAAACAAAACUGGGUUGGAUAAUAGCAGGGAAUAUCCCAUUUUCGUUGAAUUGUAACUCUUGUUUUCUGAUCACUCGUAAAACCAUUAAUGAGAAUACUGCAUUAUUGAAAUCUUUAGAAAGAUGUUGGGAAAUCGAGGAAUCACCGAAGGUUAACCACUUAUCUCCUGAAGACUUGGAGGUUGAGACUCACUUUCGUAACACUUAUCAAAGAGGGACGGAUGGUCGUUUUCAAGUUUCGUUGCCAUUGAAGGACAAUCCUCAAAUUUUGGGUGAAUCCUAUGAUAUUGCAAAGCGACGUUUAAUCUCAUUGGAAAACAAAUUUGCAAAAAAUUCAGAAUUGAAGGAAGAGUACACUAAAUUUAUGUCUGAUUACGAGUCAUUGGGUCACAUGUCUGAAGUUGGAGCGGAUGAAUUAGGAAAAUCGGAUACAUCGAACGAGGUAGUAAAUUAUGUACCACACCAUUGUGUUCUUAAAAUGUCUAGCACGACUACCAAGUUAAGAGUAGUGUUUGACGCGUCCGCAAAGACAUCCUCAGGAUUUUCUCUAAACGAUUUGCUCAGGGUUGGACCUGUGGUUCAAGACGAUUUAAUAUCAAUAAUCUUGAGAUUUCGGCUAUACAAUUAUGUGUUAACUGGGGAUAUUGCUAAAAUGUACCGGCAGGUGAAUAUCCACCCAGAGCAAAGAAAUUUGCAACGAAUAUUAUGGCGUGACAAUUCGAAUAAUACAAUCAAACAUUUUACGUUGAAUACAGUGACUUAUGGGACCGCUACAGCGUCUUAUUUAAGUACGCGUUGUUUAUAUCAAUUGGCAAGAGAUAACGAGAUUGCUUAUCCUGACGCUGCUAGAUCUAUUGAUCAUGAUUUUUAUAUGGAUGAUCUAUUGACGGGUGCAAAUACUGAGCAAAGGGUACUGCAAUUGAAACAGGAAAUUUCAGGCAUUUUGAGUCAAGGCAAAUUCGAAUUACGAAAAUUUAAUUCUAAUAGUCACAAGGUUAAUAAUAACACUGAGUUGAAAGAUUUAAACUUGAUUGAAGCAAAGAUUUUGGGAAUCGCGUGGGAUUCUGUUAAAGAUGAAUUUAGAAUUUCCGUUAACAUAAGUACUGAAAAUAGACGAUUCACCAAAAGAUUUAUGUUGUCUACUAUUUCUCAAAUAUUUGACCCGCUGGGUCUGGUCGGACCAGUUAUUUUACGAGGAAAAAUUUUGCUGCAGAAAAUGUGGCUGCAAAAGAUUGAUUGGGAUGAAACAGUACCACAAGAUAUAUAUUUACAAGCGCGAGAUUUUUUAAAUGACUUGAAACAGUUGGAUAGUAUCACUAUUUCUAGACACGUUGCUCUAAUUAAUUCAGAGCUGUAUCAAAUUUGCGGAUUUUGUGACGCAUCUCAAUCCGCUUAUGGAGCUUGUGUGUACAUUAAAACGCUUAAUGAACAGGGAAACAUAUCCAGUAGAUUGUUAAUGGCAAAGUCUAAAGUGGCUCCAGUAAAGGUAAUAACAAUUCCGCGUUUGGAAUUAGCUGCUGCACUGUUGUUGGCAAGAUUGGUGGCAUCAGUGAGGGAGGCUUUGGAUGUACCCAUAGAUGGGACCUGGUAUUUUUCGGACUCAAAAAUUGUUUUAGCCUGGAUUUGCAGUACGCCCAACACUUUAAAAACCUUUGUAGCGAAUCGGCUUAGCGAAAUACAAAAUUUAACAAACAAAGACGAGUGGUUGCAUAUAUCCUCAAGGGAUAACCCCGCAGACCUGAUUUCUAGAGGGACCGAUUCAAAAGGUAUCAAAGAAAGCAGUUCAUGGUGGCAUGGACCACAUUGGUUGGAGAUGCCGGUGGAAUCUUGGCCAGCCAUGAAGAGUGAAUUGACAGAGGAAAUCCCGGAAUUGAAGACUACAAAUUUAGUGAUGACCCGAAACACCGAUGCCGCACCAAUUUUUGAUAGAUAUUCUAGUUGGUCGAAGUUGCAAAAGAGUAAAAGGUUAUUGGUCAAAUUGGCUCAAGAACAAGAAUUUAGCGAGGAUAUAUCCAAUUUAAAGGCCAAGGGAAUUAAACUGACCAGUAAGUUGAAAACUUUAGAUCCAUUCUUAGACGAAGAUGGUAUUUUGAGAGUGGGUGGUAGAUUGGCAAACACUGAUUUAACAUUUUCACGUAAACACCAAAUAAUUUUACCCUCUAAACACAAAUUGACUGAAUUGAUCAUACGACAUAAACAUCUGGAAAAUUUGCAUGCUGGCGUUCAAACUCUUCUUUCGAUUAUAAGACUUGAAUAUUGGCCUGUAAACGGAAAAAAUGUGAUUAAAAAGAUAUUACGUUCAUGCACAAUUUGUUUUCGAGUAAAGCCUAGAUUCAUUUUUCCAAAGAUGGGUAUGUUGCCCAAAGAACGAACAACACCAGUACGACCAUUUACGAAUGUAGGUGUGGAUUAUGCCGGUCCUAUACUAAUCAAGGAUGGUAAAUUAAGAAACCGAAGGUUCAUUAAAUCCUACGUUUGUUUAUUUGUGACUGAUUUGACAUCUGACACAUUUCUGAAUGCAUUUAAAAGAUUUGUGGGUAGACGAGGUUUGUGUCGAUGCUUAUAUUCCGAUAAUGCUACUAAUUUUAAAGGGGCAAAGAAUUUAAUGUAUGCUAAUUUAGAAGAUCUAGCUAAGGAUCCUGAUAUUUCAAAUUAUUUUCGUGACAAAGGGGUCAUUUGGCACUUCAUUCCCGCAAGAAGCCCUCACUUUGGUGGGAUUUGGGAAGCUGCGGUUAAACGGGUUAAGUAUCAUUUAAUGAGAACAAUUGGUGAUGAAAGACUAACCUAUGAGACCUUUUCCACAGUUUUAAUCCAAAUUGAGUCAAUCGUAAACUCAAGACCUUUACUUCCUUUAUGCUCUGACCCUCAAGAUUUAGAAUUAUUGACUCCAGGACAUUUUUUGAUUGGCACGGCCUUGUUGGCAGUUCCUGAAGUAGAUGUUUCAGAAAUUCCUGUUAACCGAUUAACAAAUUACAAACAACUCCAAAAAUUACACCAAUCAUUUUGGAAAAGGUGGUCAUUGGAGUAUUUGCAUACUCUACAACAAAGGACUAAGUGGAGAUUCGACCGAGAAGAUCUUGUCAAAGUUGGAAGUAUGGUUCUGCUUAAAGAUGACAACCUUCCCCCAAGGCAGUGGAGAACAGGAAGAAUAGAAGAACUCCAUCCUGGUCCAGACGGAAGGGUUCGUGUGGUGAAGAUCCAUACUUCAGGUGGAACUGUGUCUAGAAGUGUACAUCGAGUUUGUGUAUUACCAAUAGAAGAACAGUAA